AUGUCAGCAGUAAACAACAGUUCUUAUUGGGCUUGGAACUGCACCUAUCCUAGUGAUUUGGCCCUUCCGUUGGUUCCCUACAUGGACUGUCCCUCCAACCGCAUGUAUGCCUCCAACUUCAUACCUAUUGUCUUCUACACGCUUUCCAUCUUUGGAACAAUUGGAAACCUCUGGAGCCUUUGGGCUUGCCUACGGCCCUCCCAACCUUGGAGUAUUGGGUCCAUUGGUGUACUAAACCUGGCUCUUUGUGACCUUGCUUAUUUGGCGUCUAUGGGACCCUGGGCUGCCUACAUUAGUUCUGACUACCAUUGGAAAAUUGGCCAUUCGCUCUGCGUCGUGGUAAAAAUAUUAUACUUCGGCGGGUUGACGUCUAGUACCAUGUUCAUCUGCGCCAUCAGCACCGACCGCUUCCUUGCAAUCGUCUUCCCUCUAGAGUCCCGGAUGAUCCGGACGCCUCGGAACAGCGCGCUGGUUUCGCUUCUACUCUGGGCGAUCACCGGCCUCUUCAUCUACUUCAGUUAUCCUAACAUUCUCUACUGGGUUAGGAAGGAUGGCAUCCAUGUGUGUGGAGCAGUGGUGAUCUCCAGGUUCAGGACCACUGAAGCAACCUACAAUCUCCUGUCCUAUUACUCCAUUCAGGUUUCUGUGCCACUGCUCCUCAUCAUUCCCUCCUAUGUGAAGAUAAUUUCCCGGAUGAAGCAGUCAAGGCAACAGUGGGGCCCAGGCAACAUGCAAGGCCUGGACAAGACCAUCUGGCUGAUUGCCGUUUUCAUUGCCAACUUCCUGGUUUGUUGGGUGCCAGGGCAGCUGCUUCAUAUCAUCGCCUGUAUCAUUUUCUUCAGUUUGGAUCACUGCAAAAACGCUUGCUGGGUUGCAUGGGUGGUCAACCUGCUCUCUGAAGCAUCACAGAUACUGUACUGUCUCAAUGCAUGUCUCGAUCCUUUAAUUUUCCACAUGCAGCAGGGACACUGUGAACUCUUUGUGUUGGCAAACUGGGUUAGAAAGGUCUUACAGGUAAGUAAGAAGCAAGAUUUGGAAGGGACUUCAGAAGAACCUACCAGUGUGAUACAACUUAACGGUGGUUACAAAGACAGAAAGGGAAAAACUCAAAACAAAAACAUUAAAAAAUGA